CUUAUAGUAGCCUACGUGGAAUAAAACCUAAAUUAAUUAACAGUUGAUUGAUUAGUAACAUUAAUAACGCCAGAUUGCCAAAUGAAAAAGUUUGUCUUUUGGAAACACCUGCACGAGUAGCUCAAGUUUUUUUUUUUUUUUUUUAAAACCUACCUUUCAAACAGCGCUGUGUUCGCAUCACUUGAGAUGAUGUUUUUCGCACAGGUUACUUACACCCUUUCCUUUCCCCCGAUUUAUUCGCAGUCGUACGUAACUUGUACUUGGGUUUUUUUUUGUUUUUUAUUUCAAAUAAAAAGGUAGAACAGAAAUCGAUCGGCAACACGGAUGGAUGCUCUCCUUGUACUUUGCACACCUGAAACACUUGUAAGUGUAACCUAGAGCACUUCUGGUCCCCGUCAGGUGUGAAACUUGUGUGCCACAUGUGACAGUCGGUGAGGUGACAGUUGACGGUGACGGGACUCUUCCGACACCGCGCCGCGCGCGCCUCGCUCGUGUCUGCGACAGUCGCGCGAUGUCCCAUCUUCUUCUACUUCACUUUACUGUAGUAGUAGUGUGGUGUGCUGUGGUGAAGUUUAGAGCCCAAUCGCGCAGUGCGCUGCAGAUUAGUGCGGUGUGGUGUAUCCGUGCCCUGUCCUGAGGGAAAGCCUUAGCUCUGACGUCAUGAUCUUAGCACGAGAUAAGACGAGUUUUAUCGCGCGGCGCGCUGAUUUAGGGUAUAUAAAGAGCGGCGCACGCGAGCCCUGUCCCUCACCGCCGGGGGACGCGGCUAACUGCAGCGGGGGAUGGACAGAAGUUUGGGGACGGCUGCGUGUGCCGCGUGAACAGCGAGGACAACGCACGCGGGCGACGAAGGAGCCGCGCACUUGUGCCUUGGUGCGCGUUCAGCGCUCAGAUAACGCGAGCGAUUGCUCGGGAAGCCCGGGUUCGAGCGUGUCGCACACGUACAGUGAUACCGCGUGCGCGCGUGCGUAGGUAGGUGAGCGCGAUGGGCGCGCAGAGGUAGAAACGGCACGGCGCGACACGACGCGACGCGACACGCUUCUCCACCACUGACACGAAAAUGGGCACGUUAAGCGUGGACCUGCUGGUGACCCUGCAGAUACUGCCGGGCUUCUUCUCGAACUGCCUCUUCCUGGCGCUCUACGACUCGGUGGUGCUGCUGAAGCGCGUGGUGUCGCUGCUCAGCUGCUGCGGUUCGGCUUCGGGUUCGAGCGGCGGCGAGUGGCAUCGGACGCUCACCUCGGCCGGCCUGCGCUCCGUGUGGAACAGCUUCCUCCUGGACGCCUACAAGCAGGUGAAGCUGGGUGGAGAGGCCCCCAACUCCAAAGUGGUGAAGGUUCCCGACACGCCGAGCCGGAGACGGAGCGUUGGCAGUAGAACUGGAGACGAGUGCCACCUGCUCGACUUUGAGUCUUCUGACCGCCCUUUGGUGGUCAACUUUGGCUCAGCCUCCUGACCCCCUUUUGUGAGCCAACUGCCUGCCUUCCGGCGGCUGGUGGAGGAGUUCUCAGAUGUGGCCGACUUUCUCCUGGUCUACAUUGAAGAGGCUCACCCCUCUGAUGGCUGGGCAUUGUCGACCAUGGAAUCGCACGCAUUCCAGGUGAAGAAGCACCGUAGCCUGGAGGAACGCAUGUUGGCCGCUCACAGGCUACUGGAGCAUUUUGCCCUGCCCCCGCAGUGCCACCUGGUGGCUGACUGCAUGGACAACAAUGCCAACGUAGCCUACGGUGUAUCCAACGAAAGGGUCUGCAUUGUGCAGAAGAAGAAGAUUGCCUACUUAGGUGGAAAGGGACCGUUUUUUUACCAUCUGAAAGAUGUCAGGCGGUGGCUUGAGCAGACCUAUGGCAAACGGCAGAGAGCAGGGUGAAUGUGGUUUUUUUAUAAUAAGGAAAAAUGGAAUGUGAUGUGCUUUCUUGACUACUUCAUCUUGAACCUCUGUGGUCCAGCUGUCUCCACACUUAACAGUGCAGAGGGAACCGCCAUCUGUAAGAACCUAAACAUUUCUAUCAGCCCUUAGCAGAUGAAUAAAACAGGUAUGAACUCUUAGCCUGGACCACAGCCCUGUAUUCAGCGAAUGAGCACCACAAACGGUGUGGACGGCAAAGGCGGUCCAGUCUGCUGUGGACGAAUUGUUUCAGCAUACAUAAAAUUUGCUUUAGAGAAUCUUAUCACCCCGACAAAAGAAUACCAAAUUACUUAACAGAAAAGAAAGCACAGGUAACCAGCUUUUAUAAAUAUGAAAUUAAUUUAUUUCUUUGAGUUGGACUUUUUAAAUAUUUGUCAUUUUUACACCUUGAUGGUGUAUGCCUGUUUUUGUAUGAAUAAGACCUUGCAAUACUUUUAUUUAAGGUGAAAAGCCUCCUUGUUCCCUAUAUCUGAACACGUUUAAGGUACUGUCUUCAGUGUGUUUCUUGCACACGUUUCAUUAAUUUUUGUGACACUACUUUCUUCAAGGGUCGAAAGGAGGAUGGCCACUUUACGCAGAAGCACUAUGACCAAUAUUUACAUUCAACACUUAAGCACAGUUGGUUAGUGAGCACACAAGGGCUUGUCUCACACGUCAGACACUUUUGUCCUUAAGAAGCCUUUGGUAGAGGAAGGGCGUUGCGUGAAGUCAGUCGGGAUGUACAAGGAUUUAAUUUUCUCAGCAUACUGCUCUUUCGUGCUCUGUAGAAAUAAGGCUCAGGAGUGUAGAGCUGCACCGCUGUUAGCAAACAUACGAGAAGUGCAUCGACAAAACAGAAACGGAACGAUAGAUGGGGCUUCACAUCUGCAAGAUGGUCAGAGCCAAUACAGUCGCAUCCCGUUGGCGUGGCUCACUACUGGGCUCCAUCCGGGCGCCGAUAUUCCCAUGGACUUUAAAGAGCGUGCUAAGAGGAAGCGCUUCGGCAAGCUCGCAAGCGGAUCAUUCUGCGCGUAACCAGAACUGGAUCAGAAUCCUCCAGCAAGGCAGACGAUUUGUGGAGACGGUCGUUCGAGUUUCGACGGUGCCGGCGUGCGAAUGAAGACCGCUGAGGAAAGGGCGCUGUGCUCUGUUGGCGGUUGGAUGCUGUACCACGCUGCCACCGUCCAGACUUGGAUGUAUGUGCCUGUUUACAUGUUGAGACCAUGUUCUGAAAGCUGUGUAAGAUCCAGGAUGGUCUGUUCGCUAUGCUUUUUGUUACCGUGUACUGCAAAUAUCUGCUUUUUAUAAAAACAAGUAAAAGAAACAUUAAAAGAGAACCUCUC